AUGCCCAAGCCGCUGGCAUCAGUGGACACGACCGUGUGUUGGCCCACAGGGCGGCCUGACGGCCAGGACUUGAGCUUGCUGCGCUUGAAGAUCAAGUCCAGCGGCGUGCCGCUCUUGUCCAGGUCCAUCCGGCUGACCAAAAGGUACGGUGAGCCCAGCGACUUCACGGAAGACCACGUGCAUCAGAGCACCAGCACCUGGAGCCAACCGAGCAUUCCCAGAAAGUCCCUUUCCCGCACCAAGACGCAGCUCCUCCAGGAGAAGGCCGCCCAGGCCCAGAACCAGUCCAACGCCCAGGCCCGCCAGGAGCUGCUUCAUUUGAUGGAAGAGGAGGAGGACCUGUACCUGGCUUCCGCCAACUAUUCCCAAGACCUGGGCGUCAACUUGACCUCAGAACUGCGUGGAACAGCGGCUGCACGUCGCUUGAGCCUCACUGCUGCCCAGUCCCAGGGAGUCUUCCAGCUCUUCAACUUUGAGCACCCUGGAGAUUUGAUGAGUUUCAAGCUCACGGCCCUAUUGAACGGCAACAGCUUGGAGAUGGGUGCGCAAAUGGGCUUCGGGCCUUCCAAGUCUGCGGAGAAGAGGUUCAAGCUGGUGGACAUUGCGAAGCAGUUCGCCGUGGUGCUGCAUGCCCUGCCCUUCGUGUCCCAAGCGAGCAGAGACAAGGCCCUCGAGGCCCUGAAGAGCUUUGCGAGCAAGGACUUGCCAACCGCAGGGCUGGACCUUCGGCUCCACGGGCUGUAG